GGUGGUGGUGGUGGUGGUGGUGGUGAUGGCGAUGACGGUCAUCUAUCGACCGAUCUCCCAACGGGAUUAAUUAAUGGACACAUCUGCAUAAUGAACCAUAGAUUACAACCGUUAACUCGUCUGCACGUUCCAUGUCGCCAUGCUCCUCCUCCUCCUCCUCCUCCUCCUCCACCUCCUCCUCCUCCUUCUCCCUACCCCUCUCUCCUCAUCCCUGACCGCACUUCCGCGUCCACCAUCAUGCACAUCUAG